UUCCGGUACCACCGACUAAGUCGUCCCCCUCGCAAGAGAAAGCCGAAAAGGGGGGCGUUGCCGAUGGGAGUCCCGCGUGCCUCGGGCCAAUCGCCAUAAAGGAAGGCCGAACUCUAUUGUGACGGAGUCAAAAGGGGGAAAAUUCGAAUUUGCUUUUGCCUCUCUCUCUCUCUUUUUUUUUGGCUGUUUGUAGCAGCGGAGGAGCUUUGCGUAGUAUCCUGAGAUGAUUGCUAGAAAGCAUGGAAUCAUCAAAGGAUAUAAAAUUUAUUACUGAUGAGACACUGGAUUUUGAACUAUUUUCUCCAUUGGAUGGCACUUAUUGCUGUUAUAGACAAGAAGAGGAAGAAUCUAUAACUUGUCCCCUUGAACUCAGUGACAAGAGUGUGGCACAAGCAGUUGAUCUGAACAUCUUGUUGAAAGAGAAUGAUGGAAGGGCCAAAGAGCCAAAUCCCCAGUGGAGUCCCCUGACUCCAUUGAAGCUGGAGGAGGUCAUGAAAGAAGCUAACCUGCUGGCUAGGCAGCUUGAGAAAUGUCAGCUUCUGGAAAAGAAGAAUAUCAGUUCUGAAACAAAGCUUGAGACAGUUCUAGAACAUGAGCUUUUAUCCCCAAUCAGGUCCUUGUGUGAAGAGACUAAGAGCCCCCAGAACUCCCGGAGAAAGACUUUCAAUGUGAAGGACAGUCCUCUGAAAGAUCUGCUCCCAACAGUGGAACCAGUUACCUGCUUGGCUCAAGGUUCCCCCAAAGCUCUAUUUCCCAAAGGUAGAAGUCCUUCUUCCCGCCUGGUGGACUUGCCUAGUCCCAGAAGACUCCAAAAUACAUCUUAUGUUUGCAGCACUGAGGUUCCCCAAGCUAAGCUCUCUGAACCUAAGGCCUUGAUGACAAUGACAUCCGGCAAUAAAAAGCUUCAGGCAACCAUCACGAACAAAAGGACAGAUAAACUACUCAUCCUCCCCACUACCACAAAAGGCCAGCAGCCAUUGCUGCAUUUGAAACCUCUCCCUCAAACCAGCAUAAGGAAAAUGCAGAGGAAGACAGAAGCUUCUGCUAAAAACAGUCCUGAUCAAGGCCCACAGGUUUCCUCUAUCCAAGGGACAGUGCUUGCUGCACAACCGAAAGGAAAGCCAAAUCCUCAGAUGCGUCUCUGGCGGACCAGCCCUGUGAAAAAAAAUCCAGUUGCUCCAGAAAAGAUGGCACCUCUCCAAAAGACAAAUGCAAGUCAGGUGAAAACUAUGGGAGGCAAUGGCCCCAAAAGACAAGCCACCUCCAAGCCUCGUGGUGGUUCUGGUCAAACAAGACACACUGCCACAUCUCCACUGGCAAGCCAACUCCCAAAGCCAACCAAUCAUACUGCUGCUGUUUCAGGCAGAUACACAGUUCCUGGGAAAUCCAGCCAGUUUAAACCAGUGAGUUCAGAAACAUCUGGUGGGCAGAGAUCCACUAAACCAACUGCUGGGGUUGGGAAGAAAGCUGCAUGUCAGAAGCCAAUCCCACCGGGCACUUUUCAGAACAGCAGGCUGAGACUGCCAAAGACUUCUAGCAAUUCAAAAUGAGGGGAUGGAGCCCUGGGUUUUGAAGCCAUAUAACACUACCAGCCAUUACUAUAAUCUUGGGAACAAGCCAGAAAAAACUGAUAAUCUCAGGUGGUGCCUUCCUUUUGAAGAUAAAGCUGCUUUGGUCUCAUAGAAACUCCUGGAAUCACUUCAUUCAAGAGAACUUUCAAAGCUUGCACUGUGCAUCUCCUCUAAUGUUAUCACACUCUGGGUUUGUGGUUUGAGGAUCCUGGAGUAAGGAAGCAAAGACUACCAGUCCUUGUCCUAUCAUUACAUUCCUUAGAUUUACAAGUGAAACUUGUGUGGGCUAGAAGUCUUGAGUUGCGUCCUAUGACAUUUUGCUGAGCCAUUGCUGAAAGGGAGAACUUCAGCUCAGCAGUAGAGACUCCCCUGACUUUUUGACGAUUGGUUUAGCUUAAAACUUUUAGGUUAAAAACAGCCUUACUGGAGCCCAGUGGAAUAUUUAGUCUUUUAUAAGAUACGCCGACCACUAUACAGCAUUGAGCUGUAAAGAAGCAUUAUGUAAUACUGAAUAAUGUAUGCACUGUUGAUCAUUUUGAUAUUUCUUUAAAGGUAAACACUAACGUACACUUUCGGUUGUUAUAUGUGAAGGACUUGUUUCUUUCGGUUAAACUUAUUCAAAAGUAAGAAAGCUUUUGAUUCUUAUUAUGUGAAAGACUACACAAUGCUCAUGUCAAACCCCUUUAUCUUUUCAUACUUAUUCCAUACCUCCUCUUUAUAAUUAAACUGAGGAUAGCCAGUGGUAAUGUUGUUAAUCCACAGAUUUCCUGUGCUAUUAAUAGUUGCAUAAGAGACAGAAACCUAAACAAGUUAAAAAAAAUUAACUUACUCUGUUAUGGAGUUGAUAAAGAUUUACCCCAAAACACGAAUCACACUCAUAAAAUAGCAUUUGUAUAGUGUUCUUGAUUAUUCUCAGGGCAUUUGUGGCUUAGAUGAUGGAAAAGCAGUACACAGUACUGAAAAUACUUGUGCUUGUGAGCCAGUUUCAUACCAUUUAGACCUAUAUAAAGACGAAAUAAUACUUCUAAGCUGGUGCAGUGGAAUUCUUAGAAUCUCAGUUUUGAACAGAGCUACCUGCCUGCCUUCAUCAUCUAUCUACUUAAGCAAAUUUGCAACAAUCUAACCCAGAGAAAAAUGCCUUGAUCAAAAAAAUCUUCAGCUCCUUCUUAUUCUAAAUUAAAUGGUGCUUCCCUGUUGUACAAUAAAGCUUUAAGUGAAGGAAGUUGAGACUAUUUAAACAAUCUCUGUAGAAGGGGUGUAAUAAUGUGUUAAGCACCACAAUACUCUUGAUUUCAAGACAAUAUAGCGACAGGACACUAUUCAAAGACUGUGGAGUGACUCCUGGAAAUUCUUCCUCCAGUAGAUCCUAAGAGAUGGAAGAUGAAUUCUUUGCAGUUUAAGGAGUUGCAACAGUGAAGUUAAUCUUUAUGUCUUGCACAAGAUUGAAGGAACAAAUGCUGUGACAAAAUGCAGUAUCAAUUCUGCCAUAUUCAUAUAUGUUGUAUUGAUAUUUUCUAAUUUCUGAAAAAAUAUAUGCCUGUCUAAUAAAACACAUCUGUAUAAUGACUUGUAGCAAAACCAA